UCUCCUUUUGGAGAGAAGAGCCUAGAAUACUGUUUUUUGUUUUUGCUCAAUUUUUUUGGAAUUGCAAAGUCGACUAAAAUUUGAAGCUGUAUAAUAUUUCGGUCCAUGACACUUGACGAUAGAUUUUCAUGGCGCCAGAUCAAUUCACUCAUGCCGAACUUCAGGAGUUGCUCCAAAAGUUUCGAUGCAACUCUUUGAAUGAUAUCAUAGAGUUAUGUCAAAACAAUCCAGAACAAUAUUCGGUGGACAUACUCGAAUCGAACAAAAUUGGUUUAAACGGGAAAGAUAUCAUGAAAAUUCGAGCAACUGGAGAGGGAUUGCCAAGUGACAAAGGUAAAUUCACUGCUGACAAACUCCAGCAAUUGCUUCAAAAGUGCUAUAGCCAUUUGGCAGGAUCUGUUGACAUGGUUGAAAUCAAAGAGUUAUAUCGAAACAAGCCAAAACAAUAUUGGGAUGAAAUACUGGAGUAUAAGGAUGGUUUGAUGGAAAUCUACAUAAAGGACAACAGCGGUCACAGUGAAAAUCUGAUCAAUGGAAAAAUUAACGGAUUAUUCUUUUCUGGACGUCUUCGUAGUUCUGGCUCGAAGUUUCCAAUUUCCUCACCAUUUGGUGGUUUGCGAUUGAAAGUUGAUUGUACUUCAAUUUUAGAUCCAAAAAAGCACAAUUUUUACUUUGCGGAUUUUUACUGUAACAGUACAGUUCACUAUGUCACUAUAGUGGUAUGUGUUAUUGGUUCUCAUACUGACGAAUACUGCAAGAACAAUCUUAUUAAAAUCGACAAAUUCAACAAUCAAUUCAUCAAUUGUGAUUUUGAAUUCUGCCAUAGGAAGUUCUUCAUCAAUAAUAAUAUUUGGAUAGAAAUAUUCUACACUGAAGACAUUGACAUAAGAGACAAAAAGUUAAAAAAGGUUCGCGCGACUGGAGCGAGAUCAUCAAAAGUCAAUGGUGUACCAAAUAACAAGUGCUGCAGAAUUUGUAAUCUGUAAAACGUUUCUAUAUGCAUUCCCGAUUUUGUUGUAUUUAAAGAAGCAUUCCAAUAUUUUUUGAAUCAGAAUAUUUCUCUGAAAUAAAACAUUUAAAAGUUU